GCCGGGCCGGGCCGGGCCGCGCCCGGGCGGGGCCGCGCUGCCUGCAUGACCCUCCGGCGGCGCGGGGAGAAGGCGACCAUCAGCAUCCAGGAGCAUAUGGCCAUCGACGUGUGCCCCGGCCCCAUCCGGCCCAUCAAGCAGAUCUCCGACUACUUUCCCCGCUUCCCGCGGGGCCUGCCCCCGGACGCCGGGCCCCGCGCCGCUGCGACCCCGGACGCCCCCGCGCGCCCGGCCGCGGCCAGCGCGGGCCGCCGCAGCCCCUCCGACGGCGCCCGCGACGACGACGAGGAUGUCGACCAGCUCUUCGGAGCCUACGGCGCCAGCCCGGGCCCCAGCCCCGGCCCCAGCCCAGCGCGGCCACCCGCCAAGCCCCCGGAGGACGAGCCGGACGCCGACGGCUACGAGUCCGACGACUGCACUGCCCUGGGCACGCUGGACUUCAGCCUGCUCUAUGACCAGGAGAACAACGCCCUGCACUGCACCAUCAGCAAAGCCAAGGGCCUGAAGCCGAUGGACCACAACGGGCUGGCGGACCCAUAUGUCAAGCUGCACCUGCUGCCAGGAGCCAGUAAGGCAAAUAAGCUCAGAACGAAAACUCUCCGAAACACUCUGAACCCCACGUGGAAUGAGACCCUCACUUACUACGGGAUCACGGACGAAGACAUGAUCCGGAAGACCCUGCGGAUCUCCGUGUGUGAUGAGGACAAAUUCCGCCACAACGAGUUCAUCGGGGAGACGCGAGUGCCGCUGAAGAAGCUGAAACCCAAUCACACCAAGACAUUCAGCAUCUGCCUGGAGAAGCAGCUGCCGGUGGACAAGACGGAGGACAAGUCCCUGGAGGAGCGGGGCCGCAUUCUCAUCUCCCUCAAGUACAGCUCGCAGAAGCAGGGCCUGCUGGUCGGCAUUGUGCGCUGCGCACACCUGGCCGCCAUGGACGCCAACGGCUACUCGGACCCCUACGUGAAAACGUACCUGAAGCCCGAUGUGGACAAGAAAUCCAAACACAAGACGGCAGUGAAGAAGAAGACCCUGAACCCAGAGUUCAACGAGGAGUUCUGUUACGAGAUUAAGCACGGGGACCUGGCCAAGAAGACCCUGGAGGUCACCGUUUGGGAUUACGACAUUGGAAAAUCGAAUGAUUUCAUUGGUGGCGUGGUCCUGGGCAUCAACGCCAAGGGCGAGCGCCUGAAGCACUGGUUUGACUGCCUGAAGAACAAGGACAAGCGGAUUGAGCGCUGGCACACGCUCACCAACGAACUCCCGGGGGCCGUGCUCAGCGACUGACCCGCCCUCACCUGCUGCCGCGCCCGCCCUGCCCUCAGCUGGCCCAGCGCGGGCCGGGCCCUGGGCUUCCUCAGCUGCCAGCGAGGGCCUUGGCCCCCAUGUCAGGGGAGAUCCAGGACGCCUGCUCGGACACAGAGCCACUGUAGCCCCCGCCUGGAGGCCACGGAGGGCCCAGCCACUCGGAAGGACAGUGAGGGCAGAGAGCUGGGCCUGCUUUCAGCCCCGGGUUCCCGAGAGGGCCGGAGAUGGGAGGAGAGGACCCCGGCCUCAGCACCCACCUGGGGAAGGGGAAGGGGCCGUCCGGGGAUCGAGGACCCUACUAGCGGUCAGCAGGAAGUCACAGGGGACCCCAGGCUGAGAGAACAGGAGUGUAGGGGCAUCCUGGCAGGCAGUGAGAACUCCUGAGAGGGACACUGGGGAGGGGGCAUAGCGGGGAGGAGAUUGUGGACAGAGGCAGGACAGGACUCUGGAGCAGUUUUAUUCCCAGAAGGAGGUUCUGACUGCAUCCCUUCAUCUCUGGCGUUACUGGGCAGGUGGCAGAAAGGCGACACGAGAGCCAGGAGUCUGGGGAUGUUCCUAGAGGCCCCAAGAACGUGAGCAAUUGGCAGGUGCUGCACUCGAUGAUUCCACGAGCCCCUGGGAAUGAAGAAGACCCAGGGCCUGCCCUCAGGGAGUUCCCAUCUAGUCAGGAUGCUGGAAACAGCCCAUCACACUGGGAGUGAGGAGUGCCAAGGCCAGGCUGGCCCACUGCAAGUGCUGUGGAUUCUGCCAACUCUGCUGGGUGGGCAGGGAGGGCUUUCCAGAGGAGGCGAUGCUUCAGAAGACCUUGAAGGACGAGUGGAGUUUCCAGGCAGACAAAGGAGAAGGGCAGUGCAGGCAGAGGGAGUGUCCACAAGGCCUGGAGGGAGAGAGUGGUGAUUGGGCCAGGGGUGCUGUGCAGGACCCAGGGUCUCUCUCUGGGGGGGCAGGCUUCCUCAGGACAGGAGUGGGGCCCAGCGGGGACAGCAAGCAGCCCCGCUCCCGUCUCACCCCUGGCUGCCAGGCCAGCCUGGACUCCUCGCUGUGGGGGAAGUGGCGGGAGCACGGUGGUGAAACUGACGUCGGUGCAGGGUCAAGUUCAGGCCUCACCCGCAGUCCUCCCACCUUCUGUCUUUCUCCUCCGGAGGAACCCAGAGGCUGGCUCCUGCUUCUUGUUCCCAGCUUAAGCAUCAGGCCAGCUCAAGAAGAGAGAAGGGUCCCUUUCUUUUGCAUGAAAAGGAGCAAAGAGUCCUCCUUGUCCUCACCCUCCUCUUCCCUUCCCCUGCCCAGGCCUGGGCCCUUCUGGGGUCAGGGCUGGGUAGUGGGGGGCCCCAGGUGGCUGCCCAGGCAUCUGGCCCUGCCGUGGCCACUGACGUCCCUCUCAGGAGUGCUGGGUGGCAGUGCAGGGCCUCGUUUCUGGGAAGCCUGUGGGGCCAGCUCCGCCCUCCAGGGACUGAGAGAGACCCUGCCUGGUGGGCCUGUCUGUACCCUGAGGCAGGGUCCCCAGGGAGGGGUUGACGGCAUCGAAAUCUUGGGGCCCAGGUCUGAAGCUGCAAACUUCUCCUGCCCUCUGAGGGGCCUUCAGGAAUGCUGGAUGGAGAAAUGCAGAACCACAGAAUUUCUGUAUUCAACCCAUCCCUGCACUGAUGGGAAACUGAGGCCAGAGAGGGAAAGUGACUUGCCAAAGGCCUGCCAGCCCUGCCACAGCUGGGGUGGCCCAGGCCCAGGGCCCCCGGCCCCCUCCAGCCCAGAGCUCUGGACACCACACUUCGGGGGAAGUAGGGUGCUGGACGCACACGAGAGCCUGCUAGCUGCCCACCUGGGGCUCGCCCCUGCCUGCUGCCCACCCACACCAACGCUCGGAGCAGGGGGCACAGGGGUCGAACCCUCUGCUGCAGACACAAAGCACAUCACCAUCUGAGGCCUGGGGUGAUGAUUCGAAUCCCACCAAGUGCCAUCAGCCCUUUCCCAGUUUGCAGGGAAAACAGGACCCUGGCCCCCACACAGGACCUGGCAAGCUCUGCCGGUCGUGGAGCCUUGGCUCCCCGUCUUUAAGAAGGCUUUGCGUGUGUUGAAGGUUUUAUGUGCACCGUCUUAAUGAAUCUUCACAACCCUCCAGAAUGGGUUGAACUGUCACUCCCAUUUGACAGAUGAGGAAACUGAGAUUCAGAGAGUAUGGUAGUGUAGCAGCAUCACACAGCGGGAAGGGGCGGACCGGGACUCAAGCUCAGGUCCUCUGAUUGCCACACUGUCUGGUGUCUGGGGGACUGUACUCCCCAGGCCCCUCCCUCCCGGGCUGGAGGGCGCAGUAGAGGUACUCAAGGAAAGACUCGUCAAGCGCUGGUGCGUGAUGGAGGUGUGGGGCCAUGUCACUGUCUUGCUGUCUUGUCCUCUAGAUGGCUUUGAAAUCAUUUGUGCCACUUAGGGCUUCCCCCAAGGUCCCCACAGCCCAGGCCAGAACUCAGCUGUCCCUCAGCCUGUGGGCCUGGCCCUGCUCCUCAAGGGGGCUGAGGCAAGGACUCCUCUUUUCUCUACGCAGCUGGAAUGGGGGAAGCUCUGGGGGGCUAAGAGGGGAGAUGGUCCGUUUUUGAGGGGCCUCGUGUCUGGGUGAGCUCAGGGAGCUUCUUAGCGUUGCCUUUUGGAAGGCCUCGUUCAGAGAGGAGCCUCACAGCCUCCUGUGAAGACAUGGAAAUGCCGAAUGGCAAAGCUGGAGGGGGCUGUGAGUCUCAUCUAGUACGAUUUCCUUAUUAGACACAUGGGGAAACUGAGGCCCAACGAGUGGAAGGGGCUUAUCCAGGGCCCAGCUGGGACAAGAACCCAGGACUCCUGGCACCCAUUCCAGGGCCCUCUACUGCUGCAGGCUGUGCAAGUGUAGACUUGGUUUCGAAAGAUGGUCCCAGCUCACCACAGUGACAGGCUGGGAGAUGGGGGUUCUGGACAGCAGGACCAAGUGAAGGAUGGGGGUGCGUGGGCAGGAGGCCCCCCCAGGGAGUGACGGAACCUUCCCCAGGCCCCUGGCACUGUUCUGGACCCCUUGCAGAUUGUACCUCUGUUAAAGCAAAAGCUCUUUAAGAAGCUGCAGUAUCAGCUCUGCCUUCGGCCCCAAACUGGCAUCUUUCUUCUGGUCCAUCAGCCCCACAAAGACGGGAAAUUUGACGCCAAAAAAAAAAAAAAAAAAAA